AUGAUAACAGAAGCAUCAGAACAAGAAAAGAUUUUAGAUAUAUUAUUUGAAGAAAAAAAAGAAAAAGUUGCAUUCGUAUGUGGUAACACAUACCAAGAUAAUCCAGAUUAUAGGAGAUUAUCAAAGGUAGAAAAUGAUGUAAUAAAAAUGACUGAAGUAUUAACUAAAUGUGGAUUUAAAUGUUAUCAAUGUUUAAAUAAAGAUUCAAUUCUUAUUCAAUUUGAUAAAUUUUUAAAAAGUAUCGUAUUUGGACUUCAUAUGGAGAUUGUAUUUUAUUUUUCAGGUCAUGGAUUUGUAGGAAAUAAUAAUAAUAAUAUUAAUAAUAAUAAUAUUAAUAAUAAUAAUAGUAAUAAUGAAGAUAAAUUUAUGGGUAAAAAACAUCUUUUAUUAGUAAACAAUAUAAAGAGAAAUAAUGAAAAUGAAUUACCAUUGAAUAAGAGAUAUGCAUCUUUAAUUGAUAUAGUUAAAAAAUUAGAAGCAAAAGAAGCAAUUAUUAGAACUCGUCAAAGAAAGAAAUUAGAUGAAGAUUUUCAAGAGGCUUAUCAACCUAUUGAUGAAAAUGCAUCAACUGAAGAAAAGGAAAAAAACCAACAAAAGAAAAAAUUAAAUUCAAUGUUUUUAGAUAUAGAAUUUAGAAAAGUUUUUAUUUUAGAUUGUUGUAGAAAUGAUUUAAAUUUAAAAAAUUAUAUUGAAUCUGAAAAACUUGAAAAUAUGGAAAGACCAGAUACAGCAUUUUUAUAUGGAUGUACACCUGGGAGUGUUAGUUAUAUAUUAUCAAAUGAUGAAAACUCUUUAUUGACGUCAUGUUUUUUACGUAGAAUUCAAAGUGAUGAAAAAAAAGAAAAAAGUAGAAAUUUAUCAAAAAUUGCUAAAGUUAUUCAAAUUGAUAUUGCAAAUAAAUUGAGUGGUUUAAAAUCAUGGGGUAGGGAUGUUAAAGAUUGUUUUGAUAAUUUAAAAAAAUUAACUAUUACUUCUGAAACUACUACUACUACUUCUACUACUACAACCCUUACUGAAACUGAUAAUGAAAGCUCAUCUAAUCAAGAAAAGAGAGUUUUCAAUGCAACUUUUUCAAUAGAAGCAGCAGCAGCAACAACAAUAGAACAACUUAACUCAAAAAUUAUUCAAAAUGAAAAUGAAAUUGAAAUUGAAAAAGAAAAAGAAAAACAAAUUGAAAAAGAAAGAAUUGAAUUAAUUGGAGAUAUACCACCAGAAAUAUUUAGUAAAAUUUUAAAAGUGAAAACAAAUUUAUUAUAUGGUGAUAUUACUAUGGGCAAUUUUAUAUUUUAUGACCAAAAAAAAAAAUAA